UACUCUCCUUUUCGCAUGUUGAUAGCUACUUCUCACUCUGUUCUUCUUAAUUCUCACAACCGCCAUUAAAGGAAACAAAACAAAACCUCAAGCAAGACUUGUCAUUUUCUUUUGUCUUUUCAAAAUGGGUUCUUUAGGUUGUUCUGUUUUGUAACCACUGUGAGAGAUUUCAGGGUAUAACAAAUCCAAAGUUUCGAUUUUUAUUUAGUUUUCGAUAAUGGGUCAUUCGAUAUUGGAGAAAAUGGGAUGUUCAAACUCGAAAACAUCGAUGAAGAAGAAGAACGAGCCACUUCAUCUAUGUAAAGAAAGGAAGAGAUUUGUUAAACAAGCUAUGGAUUCCAGAUGUGCUUUAGCCGCUGCACACGUGUCAUACAUCCGUUCACUCCGUAACAUCGGAGCUUGUCUCCGUCAAUACGCGGAGGUGGAGACGGCUGAUGAAUUAUCUCCGUCGUUAACCGCCACUGAGCCUGAGAAAUCUCCUUCUCAUAACUCCUCUUACCCUGACGAUUCGGUUGACUCGCCACUGAGUCAUAACUCGAAUCCAAACCCUAACCCUAAACCCCUUUUGAAUCUAAGCUACAUGAAGACGGAGACGGCUAAUUCUGCUGUGACUUUCACGAUUAACCCUCUGAGCGACGGUGAAGAUGAAUUGGAAGAGGCAAUGCCGGCGUUUUCUCAUCCUCCGCCGCGUCCUCGCCGACCGGAGACGUCUUCUUGGGACUAUUUCGACACAAGUGACGAUUUUGAUAGCUUUAGAUUUGUAGGGCUAAGUGAACAAACCGAGAUUGAUAGUGAUGCAGCAGUUACAGGAUUAGAGAAGAUUAGUCAAAGGAAUGUAGCAAAAUCUGGUUCAGAGACAUUGCAAGACUCGAGUUUUAUUACAAAGCAGAGGAAACAGAGUUUUGAAGAUGAUGAUGAAGCUGGAAAUGGUGAAAGAGAAGAUCCUUCAGAGUUUAUCACACAUAGAGCUAAAGACUUUGUGUCAAGUAUGAAAGAUAUAGAGCAUAAGUUCUUUAGAGCUUCUGAAUCUGGAAAAGAAGUUUCAAGAAUGCUUGAAGCUAACAAAAUCAGAGUCGGAUUCGCGGAUAUGACAGGAAAGGGAAGUUCAAUAGCGUUUCUUGCAGCUUUGAAGCAGGCUUGUUGUAGAGGGAAGAGUUAUUCACCAGUUUCUCAAGAGCCAUUGAGUCAUCAAGUUACUAAAGUCAUUGUGUGGAAGAGAACAUCGUCUUCAAGAUCCUCGACAUCUAGAAAUCCGUUGAUCCAGACAACGAAAGAAGAUCAUGAUGAUGAAAGUGGAAGUGAUUUCAUCGAAGAGUUUUGUAUGAUCUCAGGAAGUCACUCUUCUUCGCUUGAUCGAUUAUAUGCUUGGGAGAGAAAACUCUAUGAUGAAGUCAAGGCGAGUGAGAUGAUUAGGAAAGAGUAUGAUCGAAAAUGCGAGCAGCUAAGGAACCAAUUUGCAAAGGAUCACAGCGCGAAAUCGAUGGAUAAAACAAGAGCAGCUGCUAAAGAUCUUCAUUCAAGAAUCAGAGUCGCGAUUCAAUCUGUUGAUUCGAUAUCUAAGCGGAUUGAGAGAAUCAGAGACGAUGAGCUCCAGCCACAGCUCUUAGAGUUUCUCCAAGGGUUGAUAAGAAUGUGGAAAGCAAUGCUUGAAUGUCAUCAUUCACAGUACAUCACCAUUUCAUUGGCUUACCAUUGUCGAAAUUCCUCCAAAACAGCACCCGAGAACGCGCUCAAGAGACGGAUUUUGUCAGAACUUCUAGAAGAAACAGAGUGUUUUGGUCUAAGCUUUGUAGAUUUGGUUAACAGUAUGACUUGUUACGUGGAAGCUGUCAAUGGUUGGCUUCACAACUGUGUCUUGCUCCCUCAAGAACGUUCCUCUUUAAGAAACCGAAGACCGUGGUCCCCUCGCCGUGUCCUGGCUCCACCGAUAUUCGUUCUGUGUAGGGACUGGUCUGCUGGGAUGAAAACACUGCCGUCUGAUGAACUUAGCGGGUCAAUCAAGGGGUUUUCCUUGGAUAUGGAGAUGUUGGGGGAAGAAAAAAGCGGUUCGGUGUUGGUUUCGGAUUUGUCGAGUGUGCAUUCGAGUUUGGCGAAGCUUCUAGAGAGAUUGAAAAAGUUUUCAGAAGCUUCUUUGAAAAUGUAUGAAGAUGUAAAGAUGAAAAGUGAAGCAGCUAGAGUUGCUUACACUAAUAAUAAUUUCUAACUGCGAUGGACCAGUAAGUAAGUAUUGAAAAAUUCGGAGGAGGGGUAUUAAUGUAAUUAUGAUGAAGCAACCUCCAGUCAUUUUUUCCUAAUCGACGUACCAUAACAUCUUAAUUUUUCCCAAGAGUAAAUGUUAUUAUACGGAUUUUACGAAUAGACUCAAUACCAGUUU